CCUCCCCCCCCUUCCCUCCCUCCCCAUCCCUCCUCCCCAGACCCGGAGCUCGCUCUCUCCUGGAAGUGCGAGUCCUGCCCGGGGAGCAGCCGAGCCUGGCGCAAAAAAAAAAAAAGAGGAGGAGAAAAAGAAAAAAAAAAGGGGGAAACCUGGAUGCAUCGCUGUGGAGAUUCAUUGUGUGACUUUCCGGGUAUUUACUGAGUUUCAAACCGAGAUGCAGCUCUUGAAAGCUUUAUGGGCAUUAGCAGGAGCAGCGAUCUGCUGUUUUCUUAUAUUUGUCAUCCACUCUCAGUUCCUUAAAGAAGGUCAACUGGCUGCAGGUACAUGUGAGAUUGUUACUUUGGACAGAGAUAGCAGUCAGCCCCGAAGGACUAUAGCCCGACAAACAGCUCGCUGUGCAUGUAAAAAAGGACAGAUUGCCGGUACAACAAGAGCAAGGCCAGCCUGCGUGGAUGCACGAAUUAUUAAAACAAAACAGUGGUGUGAAAUGCUUCCAUGUUUAGAAGGAGAAGGCUGUGAUUUGCUAAUCAAUAAAUCAGGCUGGACCUGUACACAACCUGGUGGACGGAUAAAGACAACCACGACUGAAGACCAGCUGGAAAUGUCCUGAGGCCAUGGUCUAGUGGUCUGAGCAUGGGACUAGGAGCCAGAAACUCCUGAGCUCUAAUCCUGGCUCUGACAGUGACUCCCUCUGUGGCCUUGGAAAACUGACCACCACUGAACUCCUUGCCAAAAUUCCACAGAAACCAGGGGGUAUUGGGGAUCUUGCCAAAGAAUUUAGAUCCAAUAUGCUGCACAAUACACAGGGCUCUGCCUCUGAUAGACAGCGACACACUGCCUGUCUGAGGCCAUGAGGUUUGGAGAUCUGAUCACUAGUCCGAAAAGGAAAGGCUGUUUGCAAGAUUUCUGGGGUGUUUUUUCCUGGAAAAGGUCUCCUGACAAAUACAGCAACAGAGAAUCCUUGUAGGAGUGGUCUAGGCUCUGUGUGAGCUACUUAGUCAAGUUUCACUGCUGUGGAUCAUCAUUUGUUAUAUGUCAUCAACUCAACUGUCUAUUUCUCUGUAUCUCAUAAAAGACAGCAUAAUUCUUCUACAUUAUGAGCUAAAGUCUGUUCUACCAUACUAAGGAUCACUGGACUAAGGAAUAUAGAUAUGCGAGAUAUGCCUGGGCAUUAGCAAUACAAAAAAGUUCAUGGUUAACGUUUCAUCUGCGUUAUACACCACUGCUGGACUUGAUGUUACCUACAUGUUUUAAUCUGAAGAGUCUACUACACUGAAGAGUAUCAUCCCAAUCAGCCUUAGAGAAGACUGUUUUGUCUAUGGGAGGACAAUGAGUUGCAAAAGAGAAACUCUUCUUGUGCCCUGGACUGUCUGAAUUGCUUUUAUUUUCUUAUACUUUCAGUAUAUACGAUAGACCAAAGAGAAAAAUCUAUUUUAAAGUGGACACAAUCUUACUGUUAACAAAGUUAUCUGCGUUAAAAUGUAGGGGGUCUCCACAAAGACAUGAAUUCAGUUGUCACAAAGCUGAGAUAUUGCUGUCCAGCAGAAGUCUUUAUGGGACACUGCAGUAAAAACUAAACCAGAAAACUGCUUUGAAAAAAACACACAUUCUAAAGAACAUAAUGGAGCAGCGAGGGAAAAAUGACCUAUGUUUGAACUACUUAGAUGAAAAGAAUACAAACUGUCUACAUGGCACCUUUAUUCCUCUGUACUUAGAUUGACUUUCUCGUACUAAAAUCAUUUUCAGUUUUAACCAGUUAAACAUGCCUCUUCUACAGUUCCAUUUUUGAUAGUUAAAGUUGGAUAAUACAGUAUUUGCAAAGAGCAUGUUUGGUCAUCUGUGGCCUAUGUCUCAUCUGAUACACCAUUUAGCACCAGAAAGCAAAUUAAAGAAAAAAAAAAGUAACACUUGUUUGAAAGAGAUCAUUAAAUGUAUUUUGAAAAGCCUAAAGUUAUAUAUUUAACAGUUUUUAUAUGUUGUAUAUUUGUAGAAAAUCCUAUUUAACAAUUAACGUGGUAACUCUGACAGUCAUGACAAGUGGUUCAGAGUUAAGUUGUGUUUUAUUACUUCAGUUGUUUCUGAAGUGACUGGUGUCGUUUGCUUUCUUCCAUUGGGACGUUCUGGAUGUAAAGCAUGACCAGAGAGGACUCUGUAGAAAAAGCAAAGAAUAAUGUUGUUUAUAUUACAUAAAUGCAUUCAACCAUUGCACUGUUGGAAGGCAUUUUUUGUCUUUAUGUACUGGUAAAAUAGAGUGUAAAAUAUUUUAAUCAUUGCUUUUCAUACCGAGUUAUUUUUCUCUCUCCUUCUCCCAGCCCUCUUUUACAUGAUACAGUACAAAGGUCAUUUUGCAACCUAUUCCUUGAUUCAGUUUCAAUGUUUUACCUCAUCAGUAGAAAUCCCACUUUGUCAGCAUUAUCAGGUAGUGAAAAUUAAUGCUAGAGCAGCAUAGAAAAGAGGAGAAAUGAUAAAAAAGAAAAUUCCCUACUCCCUAUUACUGUACCUUUCUAUGUACGAGGUUUGGUACGUACUGAUAUGAUGAGACCAACAAUUGAGGUUAGCUUCUUUCUGGCAAAUGUAUUCUGAUUUUAAGUACUUCUCCAGAUUUCCACUGUAGUAUGCUACCUAAUACUCCAGUUAACUUUUAGUAUUAUACUAGUUCUAUGCUACUAAAGAAAAUUAUAGACAGACUGCUCAAGCAAUCAUAGAAGAAAAAUAUAAGAACAAAAUAACUGAUUUUUUUUCAAGGCCUGUUCGAAUAUUGAGGCUUAUUAAAUACAGAGGUUACAGGAACCAUGAAUUGUAGGUGACUGUGUCUUUGAGUAAAAUAAAUAUAUACAAUAUUCUUAUUUAAUCUUAGGGGUUUUUACCAGUGUCAAAGUAGCAAUUAAAGCCCAGCCACUUGAAAAGGGUUAUGGACUGACUGCACUAUAAAUGACUGAUGUCAGGUUUAAAAUGUCAUGCAAUAAAUGAUGGUAAAUACAGUUACUGUACUAGUAGAACUCAAGAGCCAGAGCCCUCAUCCUAUCAACUUUCUGUUUUGUUUCAGUUUAUUUUUAAAGGGAGUGUAGUAGCCUUACUUAGUAAACACAGAACAAUUAAAGAUGUUACAACAUUUUUGUUGCUUUACAGUA